AUGCAGGAAUUUGUUAUGAAUAUUCUUAGUAAAGAAAAAAUUGGGAAAAUAGAAAAACUAAAAAAUGAUGGGAAUGAAUUAUAUCGAAAUAAAAAAUAUAAGGAGGCUUUAUGUAUAUAUGAUAAUGCUGUUUGUGAGUUUUGUGGAGGUUCAGGUGAUAGUUUAAAAAUUAAGGAAAUGGUGAAAGAAUUUUCAAAAAAUGAUGAGACUAAUAAUAUAAAUAAAUUAUCAGAUGAUAAUAAUAAUAAUAAUAUGAUUGAUGAAAAUAAUAAGAAAUGUGAUUUUUCUUAUAUAUGUGAAAUUCAAAAUUUAUUCAUAAAAAUAUGCCAUAAUAUAUCAUUAUGUUAUUAUUUCUUAGAAGAUUUUGAAAAAUCUAUUGAAUAUUGUUUAUAUAUUAAUGAAAUGAACAAUAAUCAUUAUAAAAGUUACCACACGCUUGGGUUGUGUUAUGAGAAAUUAAAAGAUUAUCAAAAGAGUAUACAUUAUUUUGAUAGGUGUAAAAUAGUACUUUUAAAAAAUCAAAACAAUAAAAAUAAAGACAAUAAUAAUAAAAGUGAAAUUAAUCGAAUUAAUGAAAAGUUACGUGAUAUUAUGAAAAUUAUAGAUCAAAAUAAAAAUGAUCCAUAUAAAAAUAUAAGCAACAUUAAAAAAUAUCUUCUUGAUGAAAAUACAAAUAAUAUAAAUGACAUUGAAGAAAAUAAUAAAAAAAUUAAAUUGUUACAUUCUAUUUAUAAUCAAAAGUUUUAUAUACUACUUAAGGAAAAUAUUUUUUUAUUUCUUUUUGAUUUUAUUAAAAAAAAUAAUGACAUAUCAAACUAUGACGAUUGCAAUAAUAAUAAUAAUAAUAAUAAUUUAUAUAGUCAUAAUAUUAAUAGUUUAUUAUUAGAAAAAACAGCCAUUUAUGUUAUUUAUAAAAUAUUAUCCAAAUUAGAUAAUGAACAUAUUAUUAUUGAAAAUUCCAAAGAUGAUAACUAUAAUAAAAAUCGUAAUAUAUGUAUUAACAAAUUAGAUAAUUCAAAGCUUCAAUAUUAUUAUGAUCUAGAUUAUAUUAAAAUGAUUUUAUCCUUUAAUGAAUAUUUUACAAAAGAUUGGAUAUAUAAUUAUAUAAAAAAAAAAAUCAAUAUAUUAGAAAAUUUAAAGUUUUCAAAAGAUGAAACCUUAUAUAAAGAACAUGUAGACAUUUUAAUCUAUAUCAUAAAUAUUAUGAAAUAUGUCUAUGUUAUAAAUAAUGAUUAUAUUUUAAAUAUUAUUAAUUCCUAUUAUUUAAAUAGCGAUAAUUCUAAUAUUAAUAACUCUGGUAUUAAUGCUCUUACAUUCUUAUGUAAAAAAAAACAAUUUUUAACACAAAAUAGUAAGGAUAAUAGAAAAAAAAAAAAUGAUUUAUUAGAAAUGCUUAAAAAAGAAAAUUACUUAAAUAUACAAAAUAAUAUACAAAAUAAUAAUAAUAAUAAUAAUUAUUAUUUUUAUAAGAAUGAAUUUAUUGAAUUUCACUUUUCGGACUCUCAUAAAUAUCCAUUGUGUAUCAAUUCCGAAAUCAAAAAAAUUAUACAAAAUGUUAUUGGUAUGUAUGAACACUUUUCUAGUAGUAUAGAAUAUACCUUAAUUUUAAUUUUUACUUUAUUACAUGACCCACAAAGACCUAAGGAAAAAGACAUAGAAAUGAAUGAUGUAAUUUAUGAUUGUAUAGAUAAUUAUUUUCAUCAUAAUGAAAAUAUUUUGAUAGAAUGGUUUGUAUGUAUUAAAUGUCUUUUCUUAGUAGAUAAAAAUAUUAUAUUAAAUUAUUUAAUAGGAAAAACAGAAUAUAUUGUAAAAAUCUUACAUUUUAUUACGAACUGUAUAGGAAGAAAAACUAAAGAAGAAUUAUCCAUAUAUAUCGAUGUCUUAUUACUUUUAUUGAAUAUAUCAGAAAUACGUUUUAUGUUUACUAAUUAUAUUGAUAUGUAUAUAAAUAUAAUGAAAUCUUUAAAUUAUGAUCAAUGCUUUUUGAAACUUUUACUAGGUACAUUUAAAUUAUACAUGCACAACAUAGACUUUAAACAACAAAUUCAAGAUAAUGUGGAUUUGUUCUUUUAUGCGAAAGAAAUAUUAAAGCAAUUCUUAUUAACAUAUGAUAAUGAUGCGGACGGAAAAAAUAACACGAAUAAUGAUAAAAGAGAAGAAAAUGAGGAACAGACAAGCCAUUUGAAUUAUUCUAAUUUAAAUUCGUACACAUGCUGUGUGAAAAAAUGUGAUGAUAAUGAUACAAAGAAAAAAGAUAUUAUAAACCAAAAGAAAGAUGAAAAGAAUAAGAAACAUUGUGAACUUGUAGAUAAGAAAAAAAAAGAUCAUACAUAUAUACAUUCGAAUAUGAGUUGUGAAAAAACGUUAAAAGAUUUAAUAGAAAUGUUAUUUUAUUUAAGUUUGCAUAUUGAAUUUAAAAAACAAUUAUUAGAGGAAAAAAAUAAUUAUAUUUUAUUUUUCUUAAUAAAAGUUGGACAUGAUAUAAAUAAAAAGAAAUUAGAUAACACAUAUAAAUAUAUAUAUUGCAACACUAUAAAUAAUUUAAUUUUAACAAAAAAUGAUGAAAAAAUAAAAAGAAGAGAAAUUAAUAAAACUAAUUUAUCAAAUUUUGAUAAUGAACAAAUAGAAGCUUUAGAACAAUUUUAUGAUAAAUUACCAAAAGAAGCUAGACCUAAAACAGAUCCAUUAUAUGAUUAUGGAGAUGAAGAAACAAGUAACAAAUUAAUUGAUUUAUUAUUAUAUAAUGAAAAAUAUCAAAUGAAUCAUAUUAAUGAUAAAAAUAAAAAUAAUAAUAAUAAUAAUAAUAUUAAUAAUGGUAACGUAUCUCCUUUGUCAUCUAAAUGUUCCUAUACAAAUGGUACCAUUAUCAAUAUUAUAUAUAACUUUAUUAAUAGCAAUUUUUUUACAACAAAUAUAGCUGAAUCUGUAUGUGAAAUAAUUUCAAAGUUUGUUAAAAAUACAAAUAAUAUUGGUAUAGUUUUAGUUAAUAAUGGAUUAAAAACUUUAUUAUUAGCAUCUAAGCAUAUAACAAAUAAAAAGAAUUGUGCUUUAGCAUUAAGUGAAAUAUUUAUUUAUACGAACCCGAAACUUAUUCAUUUUUAUGAAGCAUAUGAUUCUUUACCUUUAUUAAUUGAACAACUAAAGAGUGAUGAAGAAUUAUUAAUCUUUAAAACGUUAAUGGCAAUAACUAAUAUUUUAACUAUUGAUGAAAAUGUAGCAAUAAAAGCUAUGCAAUUAAAUUUAUGGUAUAAAUGUUUUGAUAUUCUUUCAACAGAAAAUGAAUACAUAAAAUCUGCUAGCUUAGAAUGUAUAUGCAAUUUAUGUUCCCAAUCACAUGUACAUCAAUAUAUUUAUGAUAAAUAUCAAACAAUUAUGAAAUCAAAAAAUGAAUCAGAUAAAGAUAUUUUAUUUGUUGAUAUUCAAAUAAUUUAUUCAUUUACCAUGGAAUAUCAAAAUUAUAAAUGUGUUUUUGCAGCAACUGGAGCUUUAGGUAUGUUGUCAUCUGAUUUGCGUUUGCCAUAUUAUUUAGUUAGAACUAAAGGGAUUGAUCAUAUUUUCUCAUCUUUCAAUAAUACCACCGACCAAAAUAUUUUAUUACGUAUUUUAACAUUUUUCAACAACAUAAUGACGUGUGAUGAUAUACCGGAUGAUAUAUUAAAGAAAAUAAAGACUUAUGUGGAGAAAAAGAAGGAUUUAAAUGAAGAGAAUACUCAAAUGGCAAAUUUUAUACUCCAGUAG